UGUCAUUGGUGCGGAGCUAUUAUCUGCACCUCACCGCCCAACAGAGGCCACCUACAAGCGGCGGAUCAGAUAGAUAGGCAUCAUCAUCAACAAUGGGCUAUCAUAUCAGGCCAUGAAACUCCAAUAAUAUAUUACACCUGGUAGCGCAGCUCGGCGCCUGUAUGGAUACCCCUUUUUGCUUACUUUUUGUCAAUUCCUUAUUUGAUUGCUUCAUCAUGAUUUAAUGACCAUAAUAAACUCCACUUUGCAUACCGAUACCUCCGCCCUCCCGAAGUUAUUCCGCAGCCAUGCCUGCCGCAAUCCCCUCACAUAGAGACCCCUCUUAUAUUCUCAAUCAGAUCGUUAUCUCUCCCUCAGACACCGACUACCUAGACCAACUCAUCCCCUCUAUCCGCGAAUACAGCCGUGGGAACAAAACUUCCCAGCUCCUCCAAUCUCUCUCCAAAUUUGCCAAUGACCGUGAAUCAGACAUCGAGAAAGCCUGCAACUCCAGCCACCAGGAGUUCGUCGCCUCCGUGAACCAACUGCUCCGCGUCCGCGAAGGCACCGUCAACUUGACCUCGGAAAUCCUAGACCUCAACCAAUCCAUACAGGCAAGCACGGAGAGGCUAGCAGAGCAGAAGAAAGCCCUCGUGGAAUCUCGCAGCCAUAGGCAAAAUAUCGAUGAGACGUCGCGCGCGUUACAAGAUUGUCUCGAGGUGCUGCGCCUGGCGAAUCAAGUCAAUGAACUGCUAGCGAAGAAGAACCACUAUGCCGCCCUGCGGGCACUUGACGAGCUGCAGAACGUCCACUUGAGGAGCGUCACGCAGCAUAAAAUCGCAGAGAUGAUCCAGCGAUCCGUACCGACCACGCAAAAGGCGAUUGCGGAGGCGGUCAUGGCUGACCUGAACACAUGGCUGUACCGUAUUCGGGAAAUGUCGCAAUACCUCGGGGAGAUUGCUCUGUACCAUACCGACCUGCGCAAGUCCAGGCUGAAGGAACGCGCAGAGCUCAACCCAUAUUUCCGCCAGUUCCGGCUGAAUUCGGCCAUUGAGUUGGUCUCGGAUGAGCAUGAAGAAUUUGAUCUGCUGCAGAAUGAUGACUUGCAGGUGGAUUUCACGCCGCUGUUUGAGUGUUUGCAUAUUCACCAGUCGCUGGGCCAGAUGGAUAGGUUUCGGGUAGAAUAUGCGAUGACGAGGAGGAGGCAGAAGGAGCUUAUUCUCCCGCCUUCGAUAUCUCUCGUUGAGGAAGACGGGGCAAGUUUGCAUACGCUUCUAGAGGAGAUUGCGGGAUUUGCGAUUGUUGAGCGGUCGACUAUGAAGAAGAUUCCCAAUCUUAGGUCUCCUGUUGAUGUGGACGAACUUUGGGAUUCCAUGUGUCAAGGUGCCGUUACUUUGAUUUCAAAGGCACUCCAUACCGUGGACAAUGCUGAAAAUAUCUUGAAAAUCAAGAAUUUGGUCGUCUUGUUCAUGCAAGCUAUGGAUACCUGGGGCUUCCCCGUUGGAGUCUUCGAUAGCUUCCUCAUAACCUUGUUUGAGAAAUAUGCUGAACUUCUCAAGAGGAGAUUCAGUGACGAUUUCCAAGAGAUUGUUUCAACCGACGACUACAUGCCGAUGCCAAUUCAAAAUAUUGAAGAAUACGACAAAGUCCUCAAUGUUAGCUGGUAUACCCCCGAGAAACCGCGCGAGGAACAAACAUUCCCCUGUGUUUUACCAUUCUCCCAAAUGUAUCCGUUAUGUUGCAUCGAUAUCCGAAAUUUCCUAAACCAAUUCUAUUUCUUCUCCAACGACGAUUUCGAGCACCCAAGUAUGAUCGAUGAGACUUUGAAAGAGUCCCUCGACUCCCUCCUCUCCAACAAAGUCUGCGAAACCCUCGUCGAGCGCCUCGGCUCACAAUACCUAGGCCAAAUCGUUCAAAUCCUCAUAAACCUCGAGCACUUUGAAGUAGCCUGCCAGGAGCUAGAGCUCCUCCUGGCCGCCGCACGGUCACCCAACUCCAGCUCAGCGGGCGCCGCCAUAACCCUAAACGCAACGGAGAAAUUCCGCAAUAACAAGAAAGCUGCAGAAAAGCGGAUUUUCGAAGUUGUGAAUUCGAAAAUUGACGACUUGAUCGAGACGGCGGAGUAUGACUGGACGUCGCCCGUGCCGCAGCGAGAACCCAGUAAUUACAUGCAGACGCUGACGAGAUUUUUGUCGAAUAUUAUGAAUUCGACAUUGUUGGGUCUGCCCACGGAGAUUAAGGAGUUGAUUUAUUUUGACGCGUUGAGUCAUGCGGCAAAUAUGGUAUUGGCGCUCCCCCUCUCCCCCGACGUGAAAAAGAUAAAUCCAAACGGCGUCGCCGCUCUGGCUCGGGAUGUCGACUACCUAACCCAAUUCGUUGACAGCCUCGGCGUGCCCAUCCUGCGAGAGAACCUCGACGAGCUCCAGCAGACCGUCCAGCUGCUACAGGCUGAGAACACGGAUGAGUUCUACGACAUCUCCACGCGGAAUAAGAAAUAUGGGCGCGUCGAUGCGAUGAAUGGGCCGAUUUUGUUGGAGAAGCUUGUUUCAACGGUACACAGUCCGCAGAAGCAGGAUAAGUUCAGUCUGUCAACGAGGUUCGGGAUGAAGUAGUUGGCUGAUUAGAAGUGAGACCUCUCAUCAUGGAUAGAUAAUAUAAUUAAUGGGAUGGGGAGUUACAGGGUGCUGUGUUAGUUGUAUGCUACCACAAAUUGAGAGGGAAAUGAUGUUGUUUGGAAGGAGAAGGGGGUGGUGUGAUAUAUCAAUCAGCCAACCAAGAACAUUUCCCCUUACUACCAGGGCCACAUUAUUUCAGAUCCGCCAUUUGACUUCUUUGAUGUGAUGACCCAUAUCAAUAAUGAAGAUUAGGAGCUUGAUAUCGCCCGAAACUAUUCAAGACGGGCAGUGUAUACGUGUACAGGAACAGGAACAAGUUGCACACGGACAAAUCACACAAACUAAACAAAAGAAAAGCGAGCAAGGUCAUUCAUUUUAUAUAGCUAUGGAUAUGUAUAUGAAAUAAACCCAACAAAAACAAAUGAAACCAACUCCAUUAUACCCUUUGCGUUCCCUCCCUUUCCAAAAAUACCCGUUCCUUCCUUCCCUACCCGUGCUUCAGCAAGAAAGAGAAAAAAGUAAAGAACCUUGAAGAAAACUCCUAAUCCCUAUUGUCAUCUGCCAUAUAUGGAGGGAAUGGGCUCAGUUGUCGUUACGCCUUCAUGUCAGCAGUGG